AAUCUCCGUCGCGUUUCCAUCCCGGGGCGAUGACGUAGCUGCGAACAGUCAACAGACGCGCGGUCGGUCCGGACCGGAGCUACACCGGGGUCAAGAUUUUUCUCUUUUUCCCGCUGCCUGUGCGUUUUGGCGAUCUGUUUAACGUCGUUCACACUAGGCGGCCGGAAUAGAGUGUUUACACGCAGCAGACGAGGCCGUUUGUGGCGGUUUUUGUGCCUGGGAGAGCGCUCCGGAGUGUGACGCCUGUUUUUAUUUGUGUUCACUGCGACACGGAAAGUGACAGAGCAGGAUUCCUCGUCUUGACAGCUUAAAAACACUUCUGGAGCCUUAAACAUGCUGUUGCACUUUACUUCAUUGGCUUAAAGAGUCAGUUUUAGUACUUUAGUCGUCUUGCUGUAGGAGAGCAGGCCGGUGGAGAAAGCUUCAUCAACAUCAUCAUCAUCAUAAUCUUCAUCAUCCCACGCCUGGUGUUUAUAGUCUAAUGUUUCAGAUUUAAAUACAUCUGUCAGUGCUUAACUUAUUCUUGAACACGAUGAGAGGAAAGCAACAUUAUUAAUGGUGGACAGGGACCUUAAGAACACAGUGUUGUCUACAUGAUGUGAGAUACUCUCUUUUAAUGCGGAUUAAACUGAUUCAGAUUGACUUUGAAAGAUGUUGUAGGUGUUUACAACUUUGUUAGGAUUGCUAAAGAAAGUAAUCAAGACAUAGGAUAGAGUUAAACGCCUUGUGCAACCCUUUAAAUCAAUACUAGCGACCGUAUGAAUUAAGUGAGGUGCAUAAAUAAGAGAAAGAUAAGGACCACUGUUUACAGUUAUGAUGUGAGCUUUUAGUAUGCGAUGCACUUAUUAAAGAAAUAUUGAACUGGGUUUGAGAGGAUUGAACUGUUUUGUAGGUGAUUGAGGGAACUUCUGUUGGUUUUGACAGACAGCAGCGUGAGCUCCAGCUCCCUGGAAAUGAGAAAAUGAAUUGCGAGGAACAAGCUGUAGAUUUGUGCAAUGCUAUAGAUUUGUGCAAUGUGCCUGACAACACUAUAUCACACCCCGUGGACGAGAUCCUUCCCCGUGACGGCCUCCUGCUGAUGGAUGGAGACCAGGGCCAACGGGACGCUACCGUCCUGACCAGGUUAAAAGACGUCCAUCCCAAGGAUGAUGAUUCCACUGAGCUCAAAGCACCGCAUAGUAAAAACAACGGAUCUGUUGCGGUGUCAGCCGACCCUGUUAACGGUUCUGACGGUGAUUUGCAACAGACUACAAGCAAGUUUGAGGAACCACCAGUGAGCAGAUGCUCGGUUGGAGAUGGCGGUGGUGAUGAUGGUGAGAUGGAUAUCGGUGUGGAUUUAAGUCUGGAUGAAAAUGGCGUUUUGGAGUUUGAGCCAACAGCCCAGACUCAAAAUGAGGAAAGUGCCUCUCAUUGUGAAAACUCCUUAACAUCAGAAACUGUCAUAGAACUGCAUUCACAGCAACCUCUGGAAGAACGUCGUGAGGAUGUGUCCUCAGAAACCACAUCAGCGGCUACAACACCAGGCAAUGGAGCUGGGAUUAAGCACGGGUCCAAAAGGGUGACCUUUCCAUCAGACGAAGACAUCGUCUCGGGUGCGGUUGAGCCAAAGGACCCUUGGAGACACGGGUCAUUCAGAGGCUCCAUAACAACUGCAGAGAUCUGCUGCGAUCCGUCUGCGCCUCGGGCAGCUGUCUCACAGAUAUGGAGAAACCUCUCGAACUCUUCCAGACGGUGGGUGUUGCAUAACGCACAUUCUGAGACAUCAGCAUCUCGUGUACCGAGUACCAGUUCAUCUCUUGGAAAGCACAGUGAUCCAGUACCACAUGUUGUUCUGCUUGAUUGGCUGCAAUGUGUCAGAUGUUUUUGAGCCAGCGAAAAUAUAA